AUGAUCGUAGGAUCCAGUCGCACUACGGGGGCUGGGCCGGAUAUGUUAAACUUUACGAAUGCGCGAGGUACGAAACGGAGCCAUGAAGUCGAUGCCGAGGACGGCGAUAUAUCGCGCAAACAUGGCAAACGGCUCACGACCAAGGAAGAAGUUUCUCUUUUCGAGCUUUGCAAUCGCCAUGCCGACACAUUCGGCAAGCGCAGUGACAUAUGCAACUGGUGGAAGACUAUUGCCGCAGAAUUUACUCGCACUCAUGGACGUCCGUAUUCGUGGCAUUCGGUGCGGCGCAAAGUGGAAGUCGUCACCAAGCAGCGCAUCAAAUUUCUCGAGGAUCAGCGGCAACGACAAAGAGACCUAUCCGGUCCCAAUCCAGUCCAAGACCUGAUGAACCCACAGUGGUGCGCAGUUCUUGAUUCUUGGAUUCCGACCUGGCGACGCUGGGAAGAGACCGAGGCACAACGCAUCUCGAAACGCGAUGAGAUGAUUCGAAGGCGCUCGCAUAGCAAGCCUCAUCCGGACCUUGGAGAGGACGUCGGGCAUUCGUUCCCGGAGUAUGGCACGGCCUCGCCUGAUGUUCUCCCACCCACGAAUCACACCCCAACACCUGCGCCAACUCUAGCUCCGCCUCCAUUUGAACUCCCUUCGGCUUCCAUCUCUGCAUCUGUCAAACUACCGCCAGGUUUCGAGAAUAUGUUCUCAAAUACCCACUCUACUAUACCCAUACCACCCGUGCCUGUACCCAUACCUACAUCUCCAUCUACAGGUCCAGACCAAACAGGCAAUCGCAUGGUCAGUGCCGUGAUCGAAACCCUGGGCAAACUCAAUAAACACCUCGAUGCAGCCUCAGGAGACGGCAGCACCGAAGCACGUGCUUCACCAGUGAUCUCAGCAUUGGUUCAAGCUGCAACGGAGUCACAAUUCCAGAACAGCUCGCCAAUGCCAGCAGACAUGGAACGCAUCAAAGAAGAACUCCGUCAGGAAUUGAAAGCUGAGAUGCGACGAGAACGCGCUGCCCUGGAAGAGAGGUUGGAUUCUGUGCAGAGAACACAGGAGAUGAUUCUUGAGAUGUUGAGGCAGAGGGCUACAUAA